AUGGCGGCUCCUCCCAUCCUCAGAUCCUCCUUCCUCUCCUCCCCACCCCUCUCCCCGUCCCCGCCUCCCGCCCCACCUCCUACUCCCCCCUCUCCAUCCGCGCCACCGCCACCUCCCCCGACCCUCGCCGCCGCCGCCACACCAAAACCCCGCCGCCCCUGCGACGAGAACAUCCGCGACGAGGCCCGCCGCCACACCUCCUCCCACAACUUCUCCGCCAAGUACGUCCCCUUCAACGCCGCCCCCUCCUCCACCGAGUCCUACUCCCUCGACGAGAUCGUCUACCGCAGCCGCUCCGGCGCCCUCCUCGACGUCCGCCACGACCUCGACGCGCUCAGGCGCUUCGACGGCGCCUACUGGCGCUCCCUCUUCGACUCCCGCGUCGGCAAGACCACCUGGCCCUACGGCUCCGGCGUCUGGUCCAAGAAGGAGUGGGUCCUCCCCGAAAUCGACUCCGACGACAUCGUCAGCGCGUUUGAGGGCAAUUCCAACCUCUUCUGGGCCGAGCGUUUCGGCAAACAGUUCCUAGGCAUGAAGGAUUUGUGGGUGAAGCACUGCGGAAUCAGCCACACCGGCAGCUUCAAAGACCUAGGCAUGACUGUGUUAGUCAGCCAGGUCAAUCGCCUCCGGAAAAUGAACCGCCCUCUCGUCGGCGUCGGCUGCGCUUCCACCGGAGACACCUCCGCCGCCCUCUCCGCCUACUGCGCCUCCGCCGGAAUUCCAUCAAUCGUGUUUCUCCCGGCAAAUCGGAUAUCCCUAGCUCAAUUAGUCCAGCCAAUUGCAAAUGGGGCUUUUGUAUUGAGCAUCGACACCGAUUUCGAUGGAUGUAUGCAGCUAAUUCGCGAAGUCACCUCCGAAUUGCCGAUAUAUCUCGCUAAUUCUCUCAAUAGCUUGAGAUUGGAAGGGCAGAAAACCGCCGCGAUUGAGAUUUUGCAGCAAUUUGACUGGCAGGUUCCCGAUUGGGUGAUCGUUCCCGGCGGAAAUCUCGGCAACAUUUACGCAUUCUACAAGGGUUUCCACAUGUGCAAGGAAUUAGGGCUCGUUGAUAAAAUCCCUCGCCUCGUUUGCGCACAGGCGGCGAAUGCGAAUCCGCUUUACCUUCACUACAAAUCAGGGUGGAAGGAUUUCAAGGCGGUGAAGGCGGGGACGACGUUCGCCUCCGCGAUUCAGAUUGGGGAUCCCGUCUCCAUCGACAGGGCGGUGUACGCGUUGCAGAACUGCAACGGCAUUGUGGAGGAGGCGACCGAGGAGGAGCUGAUGGACGCGAUGGCGCAGGCGGAUUCGACCGGGAUGUUCAUCUGCCCCCACACGGGCGUGGCGCUGACGGCCCUGUUCAAGCUGAGGAACAGUGGGAUCAUCGGGCCGAACGACAGGACGGUGGUGGUGAGCACUGCGCACGGGCUGAAGUUCACGCAGUCGAAGGUGGAUUAUCACUCCGGGGAGAUCAAGGACAUGGCUUGCCGGUUCGCUAACCCUCCCACGCAGGUGAAGGCGGAUUUUGGCUCGGUGAUGGAUGUGCUGAAGAAGUAUCUGCUGAGCAAGGAUUCGAAGUUGCGUUGAGAGGAGGUUAGCUUGUGGGAGUUGUUGCUGCUGUUUGAGUUUCUCUGUUAUUGCUCUGUUUUUCGAGAGUUCUUGAUUAUGUCCGAUUAGAAAGUUAAUGUUGAGUUUUGCUGGAUUUCGAGAAGGUUAGCUGUGUCCGAAUAUGGAUUUUUGUUUUAUGGAGGUGUAUCGUUGUAUGAGUUUCGAUGAAAUAUGUUUGUGUAUCUAAAUAAACCAUAUUUUGGAAUCCA